UAAAUUGCCAAGAAGGUUGUGAACAAGUUGGGACUGAAAUGAAAAAAAUCUUAAGCGAGUUCGAGAAUAUGGAACUCGAAAUAACCCUUGUCCCCUAUCUAUUUUUAUUACUUCAGUAGUGACACACCUAACCCCACUUUUUGACCUGACCAAAAAAAAAACAAUUUAAGGUUUUUUUAAAUUAAAAUAAAACGAUUUAAGCUUAUUGUCUUAUUCAUCGACUGUGAAUAUUUUGGGGGCACCAAUUUUGUCCCAAGGCUCGACAAACAAACAAUAUAACCUCAAACGUCAAAUUUUUUAGAUAUUUGGGUACUUUUGAAAUGAAUAAAAAAUAAUGCUUUUUGAAGGGUUUUAGGCUUUUUCGGUUGUUGACUUUUGACUUUCAACCUUGAUUUUUAAGACGCCAAAUGUCCUGGUCCAAAUAUAACAUUUUACAUCCUACUUCAGUGGGAUCUAGUUUAUCAAAAUUAAUUGUAAACUGACGAGGUUGUAAACAAGUUGAGACUAGAAUAACCCUCCUGUUUGUAUUUUUGUACUUUAUGCUAGGAAACAUAACCUCACUUUACAAGUAUGAAUAGUCUCCCUAUUGAGUUUUCGAGUGUUGAUCAACCCUCACGGACUAGUCUCACCGGAAAAGUGCUCCUGGGGCUCACUGGAGGGGCUGCAUUGGGGCUCAGUGUCGUCUGUGCGUCUUUCGUGAGUCCCGCAUUUCGUAAAUUUUGCUUGCCUUAUAUUCCCGCCACGAGAAACCAAAUCACGAAUGUUUUUACGGCAUUGAGGGGGCGACAAGGGACUUUGCUAGAUGUGGGUUCAGGGGACGGGAGAAUUGUCCUAGAAGCCGCCAAAUGUGGUUUUGUGGCCCAUGGUGUUGAACUGAACUUUUGGUUGGUUUUGUAUUCAAGAUUAAAUUCCUUGAGAAAAAGUUUAAGUAAAAAAACAACGUUUUAUCGGAAAGAUUUGUGGAGUUUUCAUGUUGGGGAUUAUGACAAUAUUGUGAUUUUUGGGGUUGAACAAAUGAUGGCUGCGUUAGAAAAUAAGUUUAAUACAGAGUGCAAAAAUGGGUGUAUUGUGGUUGCUUGUAGGUUUCCUUUGCCCAAUAGGAAACCUUUUAAGACUUUUGGACACGGCGUUGACACAGUUUGGGCCUAUGAAAUAAUUAAAACUAAAUAAUGACUUUUUGCCAUAAAAUAUACAUUUUACAUGUAAUUAAAACCUCUUUAUUGUUUAAUAAACUCGUACUUGCGA